ACAUGUGGGACAACAGACGGCCCAUAAACUCCCGCUCGACUGGGGAUCUUUGGGUCGGCGAAAAUCCCUUUCAACAUUCGUGGGCGGGGCGGAUGACCUGGAGCUGGAGGUUCGUGGUAGCGGCCGCCGCCGGCCAUGGAGAAGAGAAAUCGGAUUCUCGACCUGCAGGACCUCCUCUCUGACGCGGACUUCGGCCCACUACUCGCCCGACAGCUACUGUCUCCGUUCAUGCGGCGGCCACCUACCUACCUCGUAGCAAGACACCAUAUCAUAAGUGCUGCCAUGGAUUUGCACCUAGAGCUCUACAUUGGUCGCCGGCGCCGCGGCGGAGGCGAGACUCAGAACUCAGAAGUACCCUCCCAUGGGAGUCCACUUCUGUCGGCUUGAUGGAGCACCUGAUGGAUGGAGAGGAGCUCGCCCAACAGAGUGAAUGGAACGGAGCGUGACUGUGAGAGCGGGAUGGGAACGGAGCGGCUCCGUCCGGUUGAUUUUUUUGGAGCGGAAUGGUUCCGGAUCUGAGGAGAAUAUUCUCUAAUUGGAGUCAUUUCGUUCUAGUUCCUUUGUAACAAAAAAACAACAAAACUGAGACAGAACGGUUUCGUUUUACUUGGCUCUUCAACCAAACACUACGUAAGUGCACCUCGUGCGUGAUCAACAGGUCCUUCCUGCUGCCGCGGCCGCCUCCCACUUCGACUGCUCCCGCACCUUUCGUUCACGCAAGCGCAACCUGCUUCUCCCGCUGGCUGUCUCGGACACCCCCUCCCUCCUGCCACGCAUCCUCCCCGCCCACGAGUCUCCCCCGCAAGGCCGCAACCGGAUAAUAAGGAAGAGGAAGAGAAACCGUGCGGUGCGGCGAAAGGAACAGUGAAAAAGGAAGAAUCUCUGAUCGAGGUUCCUGUCCGGCUUGCAGAAUCUUGGCGGCCAGCCAGCCAUAUAUGGAUGUACUGCUAGGUUCCGGGAGGUUCUUGGCGCGACGGCCUCCCCUCGCGCUCGUCCCUCGCUGCUCUCGAGGCUCCCCGGACAAAAGCGGCAGCGACAAAGGUGAAACCUCAGCUGACUGGGACAAGGCAUGGUCUGCCUUCAAGAAGAAAGGGAAGAGGACCCUGUUUUCUGAUUUCUCACCGGACAAGUACGUGAUCUGGAACCCACGGCGCAGCGAGUAUCCAUUGUCAGAAGAGGUCGAUCCAAUCAAGAGAAGUGAAAGAUCUAACUUGAUGCUGUGGACAAGCCCCCAGUUCACCUUGGUCGGGGCGAUUAUCAUCGUCUUGACAUUGCUAAUCUAUACACUAGUUGUUCCUCCUCCCAAGUAACUGCAGAGGUGACAACUACUAGGGGGGUGAGCUGUAAACUAGUAGUAUUUCAACUGGGGAGUCUGUAUUGUACAUUUUUACGUGUACUAUGGCAACUAUAGCAGUAUUAAUUCAAUUGCGAUCAUGUAGAUACAACACCACUGUCCAUUCCAUUCUGGAGGUUUUCUUCAAUUGUGUGCUAAAUGGCUGCUGUCUGAGUCUUAUAUUCACUUAUUAUAAUGAAGAAAUAUUUGGGGUCA